AAAAUGAAAAGUUGGAGCAACCGUUUGCUUCUCUUUUUCGCUCUCACCUGCUUGCUCAUCUUUCUCUUCCAAUCAUCAUCAACAACAACAGUGGUGCAAGCUGGUGGUAUCGAUGAGAGUGCCAAACAGAAUCGAUUAGGCGGUUUAACCUCGUCGUGGGCCUCCCCAAACAGCGAACAAGCCGCAACCGCUGCCAUCAUACAAGAGAAUGAACUUGUUGCCGCCACAACAACAUCAUCAUCAACAACAUCAGCCAUGACAAUGACCUCCUUGAGACCGGUAGAGCAGUUGGAAAGUUACGGCUCCGUUGUUUUGAGUGAUGAGGAGUCGUUUGGAGCCUUUGAAAAAAAUACUCUCAACACAGCUACCACCGCUCAUGAAUUGAAUAAUGAUGAGGAGAUUUCAAAUUUGUUGGGACACUUGUUGGAGAAUCAGGAAGAGGGAUUGAAUGGAGAGGACUUGGAGGAGGAAGCUGCUGCUGCUAGUGAAGGAGUUAGUUCGGAUGAAAAUGAGGAAUUGGUAGAAACUUUAAAUGAUGAGGAUAGUGAAUCUGAGAUUGAGGAAGCCUCUUCAAAUACUAGUGAAGGAUAUGGUCUUGAUGAGGCUCUUGAUUCAAGUGGAGUUGCUACCUUGUCUACUCAAAGUGAACAACAAUUAAAUCACAAAAAAAAACUCUCUGAUGCUCGAACAAUAAUCAAGGCUCUCAGACAAAAGAGAUCUAUUAUUAAUAAGAAACUCUAUCCAUUGCAACAAUUGGUUGUCAUGACAAAGAAGAAUUUGGAAGAUAGCAAGGAUGAGGAAAACAAGGCUGAACAUCAACAUAACAAGAUUAAGGCUGAAAGAAAUGUCACCAGAUUGCAAAAACUUAAAAAGUUGAACAAUGACAAGUUGAAGAAUGCUUUGAACAAUCUCAAAAAGCUCAAGACCAAGAAGGCCAUUGCAUACAACCGUUUGAAAAAGUUGAUCAACUUACACAUUGCCAAAUUGUUGAAACGUUACAAGAUUGCUCUGAAGAGUAAGUCACAAGCCGUCUCUAUUUACAAGGCUCAAAAGGAAAAGCAUGGCAAGACCAAGUUUAUUGCUCCAUACCUUGUCAAUUUUGCCAAGUUGGAUGUUUUAAUUGCUCAAAAGAGAUAUUCCAAUGCCAUGUACUUUUAUUUGAGAAGACAAAUCUUUGUCUUGAACUAUUUGGUCAAACAUAGAAAUAAUGUCUUCAAGGUUUUGAACUAUGAAAAUGCUCGUUCCAAGGUCUUUAACUUGAAAUUGGAAGAAGAAAAGAAGAAGGUUGUCGAAUGGGAAAAACAAUUAGAAGCUGCUACCACUGAGGUCAUUAAAAACAAAUUGAAGGGAGUUCUCCAAGUUAGCAAGGUCAAGAUUGAACAAUACAAAAAGCACAUUGCCACUUGUACCAUUUUGAUCAAGAGGGCCAAGACAACUCUUGAAAAGGUCGCUCUCAAAUUGAAAGAAGCUGCCGCUGUUCUCUCCUCUCGUAAGAUUACUCUUCCAAAGGGAUUGCAUAAACUCCUCAAGACCAAGUAUGAAAAGCAAGUUGCUGCUAUUGAAAAGAAGAAGAAGAUUUAUGAAACUGCCUCUAACAAGGAUGAACUUUUGAAGAGUCUUCCAAAGCCAGUCGAUUAUACUGAAAAGACCUACAUUAGACUUGCUUUAAAGAAGAACAAACUCCCAUACAUUUGUACAGUCAGCAAGAAUUCUAGUAAUAAGGAAAAGAUUGAAUCUCAAUCAGUUACCAAUGAUCUCUUCCUCAAACCACUCAUUUGUUUCCACAAGACAAAGACCUUGGUUAAGGUUUCCUAUGUUAUUGGUCAAAACAUUUUGAAUAUUCAAAAGAUCAAAUCCAAAUGGCUCAGACAACGUGUCAGACUUUCACUCAACGAUAAGGGACGUUUAGUUGCCAAGUUUAAGAAGAGCAAGUCAUUGAAUAAGACUUCUCCAAAAUAUUUGAAGAAGAAACUUUUUAAUGAUCGUGUCAAGUAUAUUCAAACUCACCAAACUACUUCCAGAGCUAUUAUCAAGUCAUUUGUCAUGAAGUAUUACGCUUUACCAAAUGAUGCUUUCAAUAUCAAGUUUGUCCUCUCUCGUGGUACUGGUAGAGUUGUUAAACCACAAAAGAAGAGAGUUGUCAAGAAGGUUAAGAAGGUAGUUGCAAAGAAGCAAUAAAAAUGUAUUAUCUUG